CCAAUCUUACACGGUACAUGUGUUGUGUGCCAGCAAGAAGCCGACUCAAAAUUAUAGUUAAUUGUUAUUUCUUCAAACACUUUACCAUUCUUGUAUUACAUUUCGGCGGCCUGUAGGCCUUACUAGCAAGCUAACCAGCGCGCUAGCUAAGACUCAUUUGCAAUGCUUCUGCUUUUAACGUUAGCACGCAAGCUUGCAAAUCCGAUUUUGUAGUUGUGCUAACUUUGCUAACAUUAGCUCGUAUCUGUUUCUACUCAGGCUAGCUAGUUAGCUUGACCUAGUACAAGGGUUGCACGUCUUACCGAAAUGCUGAAGUAAUAACGUUAGCCAGCACAAAUCGGAUGACAUUAUAUGAAAGUCUACCCAUUUUACACGUCAAUUUAUAUAUUCUGGUUUGUUUUAUUCCACUCACACGUUGUCAACAGACCCCCGCCCAGUUAGUUAGCUGCUAAGCUAGUUAGCUAACCAUGAAGCAAUCUAAACCAGCAAUCCAACAUAGUUAACUUAGUCAGGCCAGCAACACCUGAUCUUUUCAUAGUUUGCCAUCUAACUUAAAAGAAGCAGGGUUAUACAAAAACAGCUGUAGCUCACACCGACCUUCCAGAGCUACCAAGUUUUACUGAAGCUAACGUCGGCUCUUCAUAAAAUGCUAGCGGACCGUUUCAUGUCAUUUGAGCUUGUUGAUAAUAUAAUGAUAGUAACUAUUAAUACGACAUUGCCCAUAUAUAUCUAUGAUCGAUUUCAAUGUGCCCAUACAUGUGAAGAGGAAUCCAGGAGAAGGCGGGCAUAUCAUGUAUCUGGAAGACGUUACCCAGGACCUUCUCUUUCAACACGGAUUUGUGCUCCCUGCCGCUCAAACAGCGUUACUGUAACUGGUGUUUGCCUCCUUGAUAUAUAUGCUCUGUGAACGAUGUCUGAGCAAGAGUUGGAGGAAAUUGUGCAAAUAACAGUGGAGGAUUUUAACCAGGAUGACCGGACAGACAUGCUGGACAAUCAUGAAGACGACGAAGACAAGCCUCAGAAGAAAAAGAGGAAAUUAAGCACCAGCCAAGAGAAUAACAACAAUAACCAAGACAUUUCUUUUAUUAAGAACUUGUUGGUCUCAUUCACUGCAUCAAUCAGCCAGCGAUUGGAGGGAAUUGAAUCAAAGUUAUACUCUCUGGAUGCUACGUGCAAAGCCCUUGGACGCAAACUGGACAGCAUGGUGCCAUGUGCAAAGAGUCCUAUCCAGGUUCCUAUGGUUGCAGGGUCUCCGCAGGGGGCCACUCAAACUUGGAACAAAGUGAGAUGUGUUGUACCACAAACAAAUGUGAUAGUGAGCAGUGAACACCCAAAGGGCACGAUCCAAGAAGAAACACCUCUGGAGAAUCUACUCAGCAACACUGUUGCCAGGAAGCGUCACAACACAAUCCUUGUAAAGGUCCCGGGCCCAGAUGAGAGUCAGGAAGAACAGGACAGCGGCUCAGAGGCCAGUGACACUGUCUCAAAUGGCGGCCAUUCCAGCAAUGCGCAAAAUGGCCAAAAUGUCACACUCAUCACGCUCAACUCAGAAGAUGAUUACCCAGUGGGCACCUGGUUGGGAGACGAGAACAACCCCGAGAUGCGUGUUCGUUGUCCGGUGUCUGCAGCUGAUAUGCUCCAUAUCACCACAAACUGUCGCACAGCAGAGAAAAUGGCGCUGACACUGUUAGACUACCUUUUCCACCGGGAAGUCCAGGCCAUGUCAAACCUGUCUGGCCAGGGCAAACACGGCAAGAAGCAGCUGGACCCGCUCAUGAUCUAUGGAAUUCGCUGCCAUUUGUUCCACAAAUUUGGUAUCACAGAAUCAGACUGGUACCGCAUCAAGCAAAGCAUCGAUUCAAAGUGUCGCACCGCCUGGAGACGCAAGCAGCGCGGCCAGAGUCUCGCUGUCAAGAGCUUCUCUAAACGCACGCCGCGGAGUUCAGCCUCAGAGGGAGGCAUGGGAGACGAAACGGGACACAUUGAGGCUGCCACCCAGCAGACCUUGCACUACACACUGGCCAAUCAACAAGUCCAGUUUCACCGUAUCGGCGAGGAUGGACAAGUUCAAGUGAUUCCACAGGGUCAGUUGCACAUUGCCCAGGUGCCACAAGGAGAGGAGGUGCAGAUCACACAGGACAGUGAGGGAAAUCUCCAGAUCCACCAAGUACACGUCGGUCAGGAUGGACAGGUGCUACGUGGGGCUCAGCUCAUAGCGGUGGCAUCAGCUGAUGGCGGGGCCACAGCAGUAGAGGGCUCUCCCCUCCCCUCUGACAUCCAAGUGCAGUACGUCCAACUCGCGCCCGUCGCAGAUCACACAGCUGCCGUACAGGCUGCUGAGCUAAACCCGACCCUGCAGGCGGAAUUGGAGGUGAAAGAGGCCAUCCAGGGGGCUAUCCAAGGAGAAAACGGCGAAGUGGUCCAGAUUGUCACCUCCGUCGCCACCUGAGAACCCUGUCUGGUUCCUCACAACCCAGAUCUCUGCUCCACAGCAUGGCCUGACAAGUCUCAGGGGCCCAAAUAUGCAGAGUCUGACAGACACUCAAAUCAGAAAGCUAUUUUUUUAAACACUGAAGGACACUGAUGAAAAAGAGAAGACGCAUUUUUCAGUUUUGUGUUUCCCCCCACAACCUCUUCUGUUCAUUGCUAACCAGAUCUCGCAAUGUGGAAUUGUUUGUGGACUACUUGAAAAGACUAUGAUACUCAAAAAUUCAACUGUGGUCUUUCUGGUGUUUUCAUCACCAGAAGAACCUGGCCCAACACUCAAUACACAGUGGUAUUAUUGUCUGUCCAGGGAGGAUACUACUUAUGCAGACCAUCACCCCACCACUUCAUCAGCACACACACACUUACAUCAACUUUGGAAAAUAGUGGAGUUAUUUGGAGUUAAGCUGCUUGGCUACCUCUGAGACACCCGUGAGGUUUUUCUAAAACCCCUGUAUCCCAAGUCAAACAAGCAGUACUGUGCUCCUUUUCUCGUCAUGUCUUGCCACAGUGGACUGCAAUGGAAAGUAGAUUUAACUGAGCAAAACUUCUCUUGGUUGUGAUUCAUUUGGUUUCCUGUCACUCCAUGAUUCAAUCCAUACUUUGUCUGCCGGCUGAGAGCCUUGCUUUCCCUUACUUUGCUCUUCUUGUUUUUAUAAAACUUAAGCCGCAAAGCUCUGUUUGUUUGUUUCAUUUGCAUAAUUGUAACAUGCUAAACAUUUUUGGGAAGCUUUACGUUUGGAGGUAGAAGACUCGGAAAUAGAAGAGAGGGUGCCAGUAGACAAUACAAGAUGCUUGUAGAAAACCAAGGAAACAUUGAAGUUGUUUAUUUCCCCAGUUUUGUCUCUGUCAAAGAUACAUUCGUGUGAAUAAAACGUGCUUGUGGUUGCCAUAAAA